AACGCGUUUGUAGGCAACUGCGAAGGAUUGGCUGGCUCGGUGUUUAGUGUGCAAGUGUGAGAGCCUCGAUCAACAUGAAAUUCUCGUCGGGGCCUGUGUUUUCCGAAUGUUUUUGAUGUGAAUUUAUCAUGUUAUGUGUUAUGGUACGAUAUAUUUCACAAUUGGAUUCGUAAACGUGAACAGCAAGUGAAAGAAGGGUCUAUUUAGUUCUGUUACUGUUUCGUCUAUGAGCCGUGAACGCGUCAGCUGUUCCAUAAUGGAAGGAGGGGGUCAAGAGAAGUCGAAGAAACGACAACCCAAAACCAUCAUUAUUGGAGGUGGUAUAGCUGGUCUGGCAGCUGGCAAGUAUUUACAACUUGAAGGCUUCAAUGAUUUCUUAAUUUUGGAGGCUUCUGAUCGAAUAGGAGGGAGAAUCUGGAGUGUCCCAGUUGAUGACAAUGGUCACAAAGCUGAGCUUGGUGCAAACUGGAUUCAUGGGGUUAAACACAACCCUAUCUACAAGAUUGCUGAUGAGAACAACCUUCUUACGGAGAGAGAGCUUCAUCUUAACAGUAAGAACAUCUACAAGACAGAACUUGGAGAAACAAUCUUUGAAGGUACGGUGAAGAAAGUUGACUUUGCUUAUGGUACGAUGCUCACCUCCUGUGAGGACUACUUCCUGUCACACAUCCCCAUUGAUGUGAAUGAAAGUGUGGGCAGUGAGCUUGACCGUCUAAUUCUUGAAAAACUUGCAAACACAGCUGGAGAAGAACGGCAACAAUUGGAAUUAGUGUACCACCAACGGCGUCUUCUGGAGUGUUGUAUCAGUGGCUGUGAUAGCCUCUAUGAUGUGUCCUUGUCACAAUUUGGUUCUUACAAAGAACUGCCAGGCCGUCACCUUGUUAUUCCCCGUGGCUUCAGUGCUAUUUUGGAUAUUGUGAGAGAAGGAAUACCAGAAGAUAGAAUUAAACUCAAUAGUCCUGUGCGCAAAAUUCACUGGGGAGAUGUGAGUGAAGGCCAGUGUCCAGAGGAUAUGGUCAGUGUGGAGUGUGAGAGUGGUGACAUAUAUUAUGCCGACCAUGUGAUAGUGACUGUAUCCCUAGGUGUUCUCAAAGCAGCUUGUGAUAGGAUGUUUACCCCAGAACUUCCUCUGAAGAAAAAAGAUGCCAUUCAUCACUUGGGAUUUGGAGUUGUAAAUAAAGUGAUCCUUGUGUUUGAUGGACCAGUUCUGGAGAAACCCACUCACCGCAUACACUUAGCAUGGGACCCAGCAGUCAACAAUGAAGAAAAUCUCAGGGAAAGAUGGUACAGAAAAAUAUACUCUCUGGAAGUUGUACAUGACAACGUACUUGUCGGUUGGCUGUCUGGAAAGGAAGCGCUGUUCCUAGAGUCUUUGACUGAUGAUGAAGUUCUGGAGGCAAUGGAUAAGGUGGUGCAUAUGUUUUUGCAAGGACAAGACAUUCCAACAUUGAAAAAGGUUAUACGAACGUCAUGGGGCAAUAACAAGAAUUCUAGAGGAUCGUAUAGCUUCAUUGCUGUGGGUUCUACUCAAGAAGAUAUAUUACAUUUAAAGCACCCUCUCACGAAAAACCUACAAGACAACACAAAAAAGCCGGUUGUGCUGUUUGCUGGAGAAGCUACCCACCCGUCCUUCUACUCUACCACUCAUGGUGCCCUGGUCACUGGGAACAGAGAGGCUGCCCGAAUAUGCAAGUUCUGGAAGCCUGCUGAAGAUGCAGCAGGGAGAUAUGCAGACUUGGGUUUGAGUGAUGCUGAGAACACUGAAGAAGAAGAAUCAUCUGAAGAUGAAGGGUUGUGCUUCAUGUAAAUUCUGAUGGUGGAUUCUCAGUGAUAAACACGGAUAUGGAUACUUUGAUUCCCUUUAAAGAACUUUGGAUAUGGCACUGGCAGUUUUUUUAUGGAAGUUACAGAAACUCUUAUUUUAGUUAACUUUUGAGGUCAUGUUUUAAUAGUGAUUAAGAAAAUACAAAGUAUUAUAAACCCAGAAAUAUGCUUUGUUAUUAAUAUCAUCAAAGAAUAACAAACUGAAUAGCUUUCUUAUUGGUUCUUCGAAACCUGUGUAUGCAGGGCUCAAUCUGACAUGUACAUUUACUAAUUGCAUUUUAAAAUGUAUCUCCGUCUAAAACUUUAGAGGCAGUCCGACCUUUUGUCUUGUAGUGUUGCCAUUAUACAGAGUUGUGACACAUUGUCUUGGCGAUGGCAUUGUUUUGGCAUUGUCGUCUACAGAAGUCUAUCCAAGCGGUGGGAUCAUUUUGUGAUAAUUGCUCAUACUGAUGCUGAAGCAAAGAUGCGUUAAGUGUUUUUAGGAGUGACUCAAAGUGGUUUUGUUUGGAAGGGGGGGAUGAGUUAAGUCACUUGGUGAAAGGAGACACACUUCGUAGCCUUGCUAAGAGCAGAUAUUCAAAAUUAUUGCAUUUAAAGUUGUUAACAGCUGUGGUGUGAAGUGUAUUCUCCAUGUGUGCAGGACCCUUUGCAAGAUCUGUGAUUCAAGAAAGAGUGUUGAUAAUUUUUCACUCAAAUUGGAUUUGGUUUUGGAAAGAUGCAUCAUUGUUUGUUCAAAAGUUGGAUUAAAGCAUCUGUAUACUCACAAAGUAUUUUGCUAAUCAACAACGAUCUCAAAGUGAACUGAUGCUUUGUGUUUAAAUAAACAGCUAAAAUUGUGUCACUGGGUCACCCUUUCUUCCUGUGGCCAGUGACUGCAUUGAUUCAUUUCCAUCCUAAUUUUUUCCUUUACCUUGUAAAUGCUGUGGUUGAAUAUAUGUAUGACACCUGCAGGAAUUGCCCAAAUUUGCAUCAUCAGUUCUCUUGUAGCAGCUGAUAUGCUGGAGAAUUUUGUGUGAUCUUUAUGAUUUUAAUGCUUGUAAAUAUUUAUAAAUGAGGGCACAUCAUGGUCCUAGGGGUCGGCCUCUGAUUGCCCUAGUGUAGGAUGAUAAAAAGCAAUGAUCUACUCAAGUUA